UUGUAGAGGUAAGCUAAAAUGGGCGGUGGUUGAGAUUGGCUCUCUAUUUUAAGAUCAGGAUUUUCUUUUUGUGAUGGGGAUGAGAAUGCCACAGAGGGCGCUGUUCUUUGCUCAGCACUAACAGACUGUUGUUCACCACUGACUUGGGGUGUGUAUGUGUGUGUGUGUGUGUGUGUGUGUGUGUGUGUGAGACAGAGAAAGAGAGAGAGAGAGAGAGAGAGAGAGAGAGAGAGAGAGAGAGAGAGAGAGAGAGAGAGAGCCAUGACAGCUUCGGCUGCUCAGUAGCACAUGUAAAGUCCCUCACACCUCUGCUAUUAAUAACAAUUCAAAUCUAAAAUGCCUGGGCCGCUGUUUCUGAAGCGCAUUCUUCGUUGUUGAGCCUUCGCUUUCAUCUAGUCUCAUUUCAUCCUCCUCGCUCACGGAUUCUCGUGCCUUCGCGCUGCCAAGGAUGUGGCAGCUUGGAUUCGUAUCUCUCUCCGCGCUGUGGAGCUUCGCUUCAGGCGUGUCACGUUACUCCAUCCCGGAGGAGAUCGCGGAGGGAUCCGUGGUGGCGAAUUUGGCCGCUGAUUUGGGGAUGGAGGCGCAGUCUCUCGCGGAGCGCAAGGUAAAGCUUGACUACAUCCACAGCAAGAAAUACCUAGACGUGAACAAAGAGACGGGCGAGCUGUUCAUAGCCGAAAAAAUCGACAGGGAGUACUUAUGUCCGGCCAAAACGUCGUCGUCUUGCUUUCUGAAAAUGGACGUUAUAAUUGAAAACCCAAUACGCAUCUUUAACAUUGAGCUGGAGAUCAUGGACAUAAAUGAUAACGCCCCACAGUUCAGGAGGGAGCGUAUAACACUCGAUAUGUCAGAAGCGACGACGCCUGGGGAGAGGUUUUCGCUCACCAAUGCGGUGGACGCUGAUGUUGGAGUGAACUCCAUCGAAACGUAUUACCUGAGCGACAGCGAUGCGUUUACUAUAGACAUACAGUCUGGCAGUGACGGCACUAAGUACGUAGACUUGGUGCUGAAAGACACACUAGAUAGAGAGAAGCUGGCUGUGCACAAUCUUAUCCUCACAGCUGUGGAUGGAGGCACCCCUGCACGCUCAGGUACGGCCAGCAUCAUAGUUCAGGUCUUAGACACCAACGACAAUGUACCCCAGUUUGAUCAGGAAGUGUAUCGAGUGGAGAUAAUGGAAAAUGCAUCGGUUGGGACGUUAGUUUUGCAGCUCAAUGUCACUGACCUAGAUGAAGGCACAAACGCAGAGGUGGAGUACUCUUACACUUUGUACACUUCAGAGAAAACCCAGGAUAAGUUCUCACUGGAUCCCCACACUGGAGAGAUCAGGGUAAGAGACUUGAUUGAUUUUGAGGACAUCAAAAAUUUUGAUAUUUACGUGGAGGCCAGAGACAAGGCAGCAAUCCCUCUCUCCGGCCAGUGCAAAAUAUCAGUGUCAGUGAAUGAUAUUAAUGACAACUACCCAGAUAUUACAAUUAAAUCUUUCAAAAAUUUCAUCAGAGAAGAUGCAGAAGUUGGCACAGUGAUAGCUGUUAUCAGCGUGAGUGACAGAGACUCUGGAUAUAAUGGUGAAGUCAUCUUAUCCAUACAGAAUGCGCCCUUGUUGCCCUUUAUGUUGAACAAGUCAUCAGAGGACUAUUUUGAACUGAUGGUCAAAGAGCCUUUAGAUAGAGAGAAAGUGUCCAGAUAUGUGAUUACACUCCAGGUUACUGAUAAAGGUGUUCCACCUCUGACUGAUAACGAAACUAUUACCCUGGAGGUCUUGGAUGUGAAUGAUAAUGCACCAGUUUUCCCUCAGUCUUCUCACACCAUCCACCUAGUGGAAAACAAUGAACCUGGAGUGUUACUAUGCUCUCUCACUGCUCAUGACCCUGACCUAAAUGAAAAUCAAUAUCUGGUUUAUUUCAUUGUGGAGAAAGAGAUUGCUAACACAUCGGUGUCAGUGCUGUUCUCCAUUAACCCAGAGAGUGGUGACCUUUAUGCUUUGCGUACGUUUGAUUAUGAACGUGAGAAGGAGUUCGUCUUUCAUGUUGAAGCAAGAGACUCUGGUGUGCCACCACUUAGUAGCAAUAUAACAGUGCAUGUUUUAAUUUUUGACCAGAACGACAAUGCUCCACGGAUUGUGUCACCUUGGCGUGCUAAAGGCUCUGUUAUUGAAGAAGUUGUUCCAAGAGCCUCUGACAGGGGCUUUCUGGUAGCCAAAGUAAUCGCAUUGGAUGCAGACUCAGCACAGAACUCCCGCAUCACAUACCAGUUCCUACAGGUCACUGAUGCAACUCUCUUCACUUUGGACAGCUACAAUGGUGAAAUACGCACUGCCAGAAUGUUUACCUACAGGGAUCCUAAGCAGCAGCGGCUCAUCGUUAUUGCAAAAGACAACGGUGAACCUCCUCAUUCUGCCACUGUCACUAUCAAAGUCUCCACCACAGAGCAUGAGAUCACGCAGUUCACUGAAACGACUGAGGUGCCCAUAGAGUAUGACCUGUUCACAGAUCUAAACCUAUACCUGCUUAUCGGCUUAGGUUCAGUGUCGUUUCUGCUGCUCAUCACUAUCUUGGUCAUUAUUGUCCUAAAGUGCCAGAAAGGGGCCACCAAAGCAGCUCCUCAGGGCCGGAACAGCAUCGUCAGCCAGAGGAACUCCACCAUUGCUGACUCCACACUCAUCUCUAGUGAUGCUUACUGGUACAGUUUGUUCUUGGCUGAGACCAGAAAGGGGAAGGUGGUGGUUCGACAGCCGCUACCCAAUGGCAAUGGUUUUUUUGUGUCCAGUAUACCCAGAAGCUCUAUUCUGACUGGGACCAGUGAAUCAAGGUCUUCCACUUUACAGUAUUCAAAAUGAAAUUGAAGUCCAGUCUACUUUUGGAGGAAUCUAGUAGUGAUCUGCCUUGAUCUCAGCUCUUCCACACUGAAGAUUCUUCUAAUGGAACGACUGUACUGAAUUGGUUAGGCCAAACCAAUAAGAAGACAGUUCUGAUGGAAUUGGGAUGAGUGCUUUAACUGAAAGAGCCACCCAAACUCAUUAACAACUUGUAACCACACUAAGAAGAAGUUUGUAUGGCAAAGAAGAUUUAUAUAUAAAAAAAACUGAUAUAGAUGGUGGAAAGGUAUAAAACCCCCUUCAGUUGACAAUGGAGUUUCACCAACUUUAUUUGACAGUACAUACAUAAAUAAUCACAUGAUGAAAAAAACUAAUUCUGGCUGUUUUGAAAUUUUAUGUGAUGUAUUUCUGCAUGCCUUCAGUGAUCACUGGGAACACAAUGCAUAUAAAUGAUGAAAUACUGUAUCAUAGUUUCAUACAAUUUAUAAUCACAGCAGCACAGUUACCUAAGCCAGGCAUAGGAAGUGAAAAAUUGGUUAUUAAUAUUAUUAUUUUUUAUUUUUUUUGUCUUGAAGUCUCAUAUCUCUAAAGCUGCAAUGUAUCAUGAAAAUGAAUAAAAAAAAAACAACCAAACAAAAAACAAUAUAUAUAUAGUUCUUAACAUCUGAGACUACACUAAUAAUAUUGGCAUUGUAUUUAAAUUAUAAAACAAAAUAUUCAGAGGUCAUGGGAAGUAAAAUGAGAACCUAUUGUUCUUAAGGCAAGAUUCAUUUCUAUUCUGAGGAAAGGUGUACAAUUAAGAAAAUUAAGAUGGAAUUUUGAAGAUUAUGCUUUUUGUUAUACUUUGAAAGUAAAUAUUCAAGUUAAGCAUAUUGUGAGAUGAUCUAUGGUGGAUAAUGCCUUUGUUCUGAAAGGUCAGAUAUGUUUUGAGUUGUUUUCCAUUAAAAAAGAAAAGUGUUCAGAUGACACUCAGAGUUAAACCAAUUAAAAACUUUUACACACAUUUGUUGUGUUUACCCAGCCCAAGUUUAUGUUGGCAUAAAAGUUAAUGAAGGGGACACACCACUAAAUACUAAGACAUUCUUAAAUUUAUCUUCAAAUUUUUAAUUUUAAAAUUUAUUCUGGUCACUUAAGUAUUCAUGCUGCAGUUUAAUUAUUAAUACAAAACAUUUGUUAAAUUAGGAAAUGUUGUAAAAUAGAAACUAAAUGGGGUAAAAUAGGGACCCUCAGUUUUUUGGAAGCCACUGUAUGUAAUUACUAUAAGACUUUAUUCCACUUAUUUUAUCUAUCUGUAAUGCAAUAUUCCUACACUGUAAAACACACUGAAUAGUGUAACAAAGUUUUCCAAUUUCAGUGGUAAAUGGUCUGACUAUAGAUUAUUGUACAGCAACAGUGUUUCUCUCACAUUGAAUUUACUGAAUGUGGUGCAUCACCUUGGGUAUGGCAUGUAACAGCAGAAAUCAGCUGAAUGUUAACUACUCUUUCAUUCACAUACCAGCGAGAUAAGUGGGACAGUACAGUUGUAGCACAUACAGGAGCAUUUCUCAGGUCAGCUAAUGGCUAACACUACUGCUCUGCCAUGUUAUAAAAUGAACUACCUGCUUUCAUA